UCCACAGAAGCUACCUACGCAUGCGUAGUAGUCGUUCUCCGGCCUUGGGUUGACCUCCAUCAGAAGAAGAAGAUGGCGGCACCGGCCAGAUUAGGCCUGAAGGUUCGUUACCUCAGCACCUCGGUGGCCAACCCAGCAAGCAAGCUGGUUAUGCCGCCUAUUCAAGUCUACGGAGUUGAAGGCAGAUAUGCCACAGCUUUGUACUCAGCUGCCAGCAAACAGAAGAAACUGGACCAAGUAGAGCAGGAACUACAGAAGAUUAACUCAAUAAUGAAAGACCCCAAGUUCUAUGGAGUGCUCACCAAUCCCCAUAUCAAGCGCAAUAUCAAGCAAAAAACUGUCAACGAUGUCUUGACAAAGCAGAAAGUUUCCCCGAUUAUGAUCAACUUUAUCAAUUUGCUAGCCGAGAAUGGACGAUUGCGCCAGACCCCUGAUGUUGCUGUAGCUUUCAGCAAGAUUAUGAGUGCUCACCGUGGCGAAGUUCUCUGCUCAGUCACUACUGCUCAGCCCCUGGAUGAAGCAAAUCUUACAGAUCUAAAGGCUGCUCUUAACGGUUUCCUGAAAAAAAGUGAAACCCUUAAGCUAGAGACCAAGACUGAUCCUUCGAUACUGGGUGGAAUGAUUGUUAGCAUUGGUGACAAGUAUGUUGAUAUGUCUACGAAAACUAAGGUUCAGAAACUCAGCAAACUAAUAAAUGAAGCUAUCUAGGAAUGCUCUGUGAUCUGGAUACUUUCCUAUCAGAUGUUUAAUGUAAAUCGGUUUUACUGUGUUCACAGUGAUCAGUGCGUAAUGAACGUUCAUUGAUAUUAAAAGGAAUUAAUAAAAAUCUUCCUCUGAAA